CCCCUCAGGCUCCUCCUCCAGAACACAUGUCAUGCUGUGCGGAGUCUGGAGGAGGACACCCUCCGGUUGAACCCAAAGUAGAGGCGCAGUGCUCAUCCAGCAUGGCUCCCCGUGUGCCCCCUUGAGAUGUCAGGCCGGUAAUGUACGGCGGUGGUCGGAGCGGAUAGCAGAGAACUGAGGAGAAGGAGUAGAGGAGCGGAGGAGGAGGAGGAGGCGGCGGGGGAGCUGGCGGUAGCCAAUGAGCGCGCAGUCUCCGGCGGUGACAUAUGCAGAGGCAGAGUUGCCGUGUAGCCUGAGCUGGGAGAAGAAAGAUGGCAAUGUCUGUCAUUGGAGCGUGCCGCAGCCUGGCUCUGUCCACCUGGCUGCUCUCCUAUUGCUUCGUCCAUCUGCUGUGUAUGGACUUCACGGUGGCCGAGAAGGAGGAGUGGUACACGGCCUUCGUCAACAUCACCUACCACGACCCGGCCAGCGGCACCAACCGGACUGAGAAGAGCGAGUGCGGCCGCUACGGAGAGCAUUCCCUCAAGCAGGAUGCCUGGGGCUUGGCGGUCCUUCCCUCCCCGCAUGACAGGCUCGCCUGCGACCCCGCCACCAAGUUCCCGGUACCUACCUAUGCCGGCCGGUGGGUGGCCCUCAUCCCCAUCGGGAACUGCACGUGUAGGGACAAGAUCCGGCACGCCGCUUUACACAACGCCUCGGCCGUCCUUAUUUACAACGUGGGCUUCGGGAAUGACACCAGCACCAUGGCCCACCCAGGUAUUGAAGAUAUUGUAGCAAUAAUGAUCCCCGAGCCAAAAGGAAAAGAAAUUGCCAGCUUCAUUGAAAAGAACCUUAAUGUGACUAUUUACAUUACUAUUGGAACUCGAAACUUACAAAAAUUUGUCAGCCGUACAUCAGUGGUGUUUGUUUCCAUAUCCUUCAUUGUUCUGAUGAUCAUUUCACUGGCCUGGCUUGUGUUCUAUUACAUCCAGAGGUUCAGAUAUGCAAAUGCUCGAGACAGAAAUCAGAGGCGGCUUGGGGAUGCAGCAAAAAAAGCCAUUAGCAAACUGCAAGUCCGAACUAUUAAAAAGGGAGAUAAGGAGACAGAGCCAGAUUUUGACAACUGCGCUGUAUGCAUUGAAGGAUACAAAGCAAAUGAUGUUGUCCGAGUCUUGCCGUGUCGGCAUCUUUUCCACAAAUCCUGUGUUGAUCCUUGGUUAUUAGAUCACCGCACCUGUCCAAUGUGUAAAAUGAACAUUCUCAAAGCAUUGGGCAUACCGCCUAAUGCAGAUUGCUUGGAUGAUAUUACUCCAGACUUUGAAGGGUCUGUAGGACCACCAACCAAUCAAAUUACAGGAGCCAGCGAUGUAACGGUGAAUGAGAGUUCUGUAGGUGUUGACCCCAUUGUCCGCUCAGUGGGUCUGUUACAAGUUAUCCAAGAUGCAGAUGUACUACCACAGGUCGGCGAGGUCAGCUAUACAGCAAGCAGUGAACAGGAGCCAGUUAUCAGUAGUGACUCCGACAUCUCUCUGAUUAUGGCAGUAGAAGUGGGACUUUCAGAUGUGGAUCUUUCCACUGACCAGGACUGUGAGGAGGUGAAAUCAUGAGCAGGUCUGUUGCUGCAGUCCAAAGGAAAGACUUAGGAGAUGUGAAGAGUUCACCUCUUCUGGAGGUUGGACUAUUACAAACAAACCGUAAAAACCACUCACCAUCACCAUAAAUCUCCAAUGCACUCCAUUAUGGGAUGAUCAUGAAAAGCAAUAGUGCCAGAUGCCUGCCGCCUCCAGUCCAGAUGGAUUUUCCACGGUAUUCGUAUGGGAGCAAGUCUUCAGUCUGCAGGCUUUAUUGAUGUGGAGGGUAGACCUGGAACUAAAGUGAAAUCUCUGAUGCUGUUUUUCAAGAAAACGAGAUAUUAACUUUAUAACCUUUUGUUGUUUACCCUGUUUUGAUUAGUGUAUUACAAUCGCAAAUAUCUUGGUCCACAUAGCAGAUAUUAUUUUCUACUCCAUGGCUUUGCUGCCAAGUCAACAGGAAGAGAUCGUGAUGGUCAUGAGUGAAUGCCCUGCACUUAUCUGAAGAAGGCUAUAAUUACAGCACGGGCAUCUGUCCCAAAAGCACUCGAGAAGAAAAUGUCUUUAGAGGACUCUUGCCGGUUGCAUGUGAUCUGGCAUUCCUCAUGAACUGCAUCAAGAAUGCUAGGUACUAAAAUUACAGUUUGUUGGUUUGAGUCCUAAAAGAGUCUCAGACUUGUGUGAAUGAAAAUGCACACCAUCAAUUUACAUUUGUAUUUUAAAAUAUGUUGGUCAAAGUGUUUGACUUAUAAGAUUUAAAACAAAAAUCCUCAUAUACAUAUUGUGGGGGAAACUAUCCUUUUCACUCUUAAUCAAGAUGUAUACAGUAUUGUGCAUACACUACAGAGUGAGAUACAUUUUUCAAGAAUAAAUAUAUAUAUUUUUUCAAAAGAAAAUAUA